CCCAGAGAGGGCAGGUUUGGGGAGGGGGAGGGGAGGGGAAGUUUGGCUAUCUCUGGGAGCAGGGGGACAUUUUCCUGGAAGGCAGUAGCUAAACUGCGGGGCAGCGGCAGGGAGGGGACAAGGGUGGGAACAUCUGGACUCAUGGCUGUGUGUGAGGGGAGAGUGAGAGGUGAGGAAAGACUCAGAUGAGUAAAAGAAAAGUUUAGGCUGGGACAGAGAGAAGUAAGAGCGCUCUCCAGGUUACAGGGAGUGAUCAGCGUCAGUGGCUCAGAGAUUUCGGUCCAAGACUCACGUCCAGGGCUAGUGGCGAUCAGGACUAGGCAGCAAUGGAGGGGAGUCCCAUCCCGGUGCUGACGGUGCAAACUACUCCCUACGAGGAUCAGAAGCCGACGGGAGGCUGGGGGCUUCGUAGACCCACCGGCCUCUUUGAGAGCCAGCGCAACUACUUGCCCAAUUUUGUGCAAAGUGUCCUUUCGUCCAUCGACCUUCGAGACCGCCAGGGCUGCACCAUGGUGGUGGGGAGUGAUGGCAGAUACUUUAGCAAGGCAGCCACCGAGAUUGUGGUCCAGAUGGCUGCGGCCAACGGGAUUGGUCGGCUGAUCAUUGGCCAAAAUGGCAUCUUGUCCACGCCUGCUGUUUCAUGCAUUAUCAGGAAGAUAAAUGCAGCUGGUGGAAUCAUUCUUACUGCUAGUCAUUGCCCUGGAGGACCAGGGGGAGAGUUUGGAGUCAAGUUUAACAUUUCUAAUGGAGGUCCUGCACCAGAUGUAGUUUCAGAUAAGAUCUACCAGAUCAGCAGAACAAUUGAGGAGUAUGCCAUCUGUCCAGAUCUCCGAAUUGAUUUAUCUCGACUAGGAAGACAAGAAUUUGAUUUGGAGAACAAAUUCAAACCUUUCAGAGUGGAGAUAGUGGAUCCAGUGGACAUCUAUCUCAAUCUCCUUCAGACCAUCUUUGACUUUAGCACCAUUAAGAGUUUGCUCACUGGACCUAAUCAACUUAAGAUCCGGGUGGAUGCUAUGCAUGGAGUUAUGGGACCCUAUGUAAGGAAGAUCCUGUGUGAUGAGCUAGGAGCCCCAGCAAAUUCUGCAAUAAACUGUGUUCCUCUGGAGGAUUUUGGAGGACAGCCUCCUGACCCAAACCUAACAUAUGCAACCACACUUCUGGAGGCAAUGAAAGGAGGAGAAUAUGGUUUUGGAGCUGCAUUUGAUGCUGAUGGGGACCGUUACAUGAUUCUAGGCCAAAAUGGCUUUUUUGUGAGUCCUUCUGAUUCACUGGCCAUCAUCGCUGCCAACCUCGCUUGCAUUCCAUAUUUUCGUCAGAUGGGAAUUCGAGGAUUUGGUAGGAGCAUGCCAACCAGCACAGCCUUGGAUAGGGUGGCCAAAUCACUUAAAGUCCCUGUAUAUGAGACCCCAGCAGGUUGGAAAUUCUUUUCAAAUCUGAUGGACUCUGGAAGAUGUUCUCUGUGUGGAGAAGAAAGCUUUGGCACAGGCUCUGAUCACCUUCGUGAAAAGGAUGGACUUUGGGCAGUCUUGGUCUGGCUUUCAAUCAUUGCAGCCCGAAAACAGAGUGUGGAGGAAAUUGUUCGAGAUCACUGGGCCAAAUUUGGUCGCCACUACUACUGCAGGUUUGAUUAUGAAGAGCUAGAGCCAAAGAUGACGUAUUAUAUCAUGCAAGAUCUGGAGGCCUUGGUCACUGACAAGUCAUUCACUGGCCAGCAGUUUGCUGUGGGGAACCAUAUCUACAAUGUGGAAAAAACAGACAGUUUUGAAUAUGUGGACCCUGUGGAUGGCACUGUGACCAAAAAACAGGGACUCCGAAUCAUUUUCUCUAAUGCCUCCAGGCUCAUAUUUAGGCUCAGUUCAUCCAGUGGCAGGAGAACUACAAUCAGGAUCUAUGCAGAAAGCUAUGAGAAGGACCCAUGCAAUCAUGAUAGAGAACCACAGGCUGUGCUGAGUCCUCUCAUAGCUAUUGCUUUGAAAAUUUCUCAGAUCCAUGAGAGGACAGGUCGUCGGGGACCUACUGUCAUCACCUGAACUAAGGAUGGCUCAUAGCUCCAGGGUCACAAGAGAGCAUCAAGAGGGAGACCUGUCUUUCCUGAUGCCUUCUUGCUACCUGACUGUGUCUUUUAUGACUUUGAAAUGGUAUUUUGUUGUUGGGAAGGGAAGUGAGAUGGGUGGGAAAAGAAGACUUUAAUUUCAUUUCAGCCUUAGCCAAUUGCAUUGGCUCACUAAUGCAAUUAUGUAUUUAAUAGUCUAUUAGAGCUGCAAUAUCUUUUCAGACCUUCCCUCAUAAGUAAUUCACAAUAAACAAUUAAAUUCCCCCCUCCCCCUUUCCAUCUCUAGAUCUCAGCACUCACAAAGAGAAAAGAAGUGAGUUGAGAAACAAGUUGAGUGGCCUAUUUGUUUUAUACUAGCUCAGCAUGACAAAACAUUCAUAAUUAAGGAGAGAGAGUAAAAGCAGUGCCAGUAUGGAGGGUGCUAAAUGAAUUUAAAAACCAUAGAGUCCCUGGGGCAACUAGAAGUAGUUAUCCAGGGCAACUGGACCUCAGUAAUUUGGAGGAGGAUUUCAGUGUCUAUAGCAGAUCAUAUGGAAAGAGCAGACUGUUUCCAUAAGACCCCACUGAUCACUAGCUGCCUGUUCCCAUCAAUUCUUAUCUUCCUAUCUUCUUCUUGAAUCCCCACCAAAGCUUCCUCUCAAAUACAUUUGCACUCUUCUAAUAGUACAUAUCAAUGGGGUAUCUAACCAUUUACUAUCUAAAGAAUGGAAAGAAAUGAGAAUUUUGGUUGAAAUACCAAAGUUCUCCUAAACUUACAAAUCUAUCAUUUGUUGGCAAUGAGGAGAAACUCUUCAUUGGGAAAUCUAUAUGGAAAUAGGCAUAUUUAAUUUUCCCAAGCUUUGAACAUGUCAUAAGACACGUCAUUCUGGGAGGUCAAAAUCCCCCAACACUAUCUUGUUGAUUAUGCUGAAUAGUGUAUCCGUCUGACCUUGAAAUGGCUGCUGAGAGUGACACUUGACUUAUUUAUAGACCUUGGGAUAGAAAAAGAGCCAGGAAAUCCUUGUAAGAAUUUGGAAAACAGAUGGACACAUCUUGCUUUCUUCACUGGGGAAACGAUACUGCAGUUGUAGUGACAUGCCUCUGUAUUCCACAAGAAACACAAACAUCUUAUGCAUGAGAUUUAUUUGCAUAUUUUGCUUCCUUGGGAAUAAACACACUCAUCAACUCACUUAUGGAGAUAGCUUGGGGUAGUCUGAUUGCAUGGUAAAAUACUUAUGGCUAUGGUGAAAGUGUGCUCGAUUGGAAAAAUGUCCCCAAGAAGUAAAAAUUUUCCUGUUUUCUAUGUAUGCAUCUGUCAAAAUUCACAAUGAUAUUUAGUAGUUAAUUAAAAAUUGGAAUGCUAUAUUUCAGUCUA